GUAGAAAAUAGAGGGCUACUAGACUACAGUAGACUCAUCCAUUUCGGUAAUGUCCAAUAGAUUUAAAUGUUCAAGUCCACUUUAGUCCAGAUAACUCUAGGAAUUACCUCUUCAUUUAAGUUUGUAAGUAGCGGGGGGAAAUAGGCGGGAUCGAUAUAGGUGACAGCUGAUUCUGCAAAACCUUCCUCCACAGUAAGUCAAUUUUCCAAGUUAGCAGUGAGUUCAUCUGAUCCUUCGUAGAUCCAUAAGCAACUGAGAUAGUUGCUCAUUAACCUUAAAUAUGAUUACGAUAGUACCGAAGUCCCUCCAGACAAAUGUUGGGCUCAGAGCAUUGGGACGAGUAUUGACUUUUUUAAGUAAAAACGAAGUUGAUUCCCAACGACAUUAUCAUGAGGCUACCGGAGAUGUUAUUUCACCUGGUCUUAUGCAGGGGAUGGACCAUAUCAGGAAUCCCCGGUUAAAUAAGGGAUUGGCUUUUACUUUAAAAGAACGACAGGCUUUGGGGAUCCAUGGUCUUAUGCCUCCACGAUUCAAAACUCAAGAGCAACAGAUCGCUGUUUGUUUGUAUUCUGUUAAUAAAUACCAAGAAGAUAUUAACAAAUACAUGUACUUAGCAGAACUACAUGACCGUAAUGAAAGAUUAUUUUUUCGUUUACUUUCUGAGAACGUAGAAAAUUUGAUGCCGAUCGUUUAUACUCCAACUGUUGGUCUGGCAUGCCAAAAAUUUGGUUUAAUAUACAGGCGUCCUAGAGGCCUUUUUAUCACAAUUCAUGAUAGAGGUCAUAUAUAUCAAAUUUUAAAAAAUUGGCCAGAACCUGAUGUUCGAGCAAUAGUUGUUACUGACGGAGAACGAAUAUUAGGUCUUGGAGACCUGGGAGCUUGCGGGAUGGGUAUUCCUGUUGGAAAGUUGUCCCUCUAUACAGCUCUUGCUGGUGUUAAACCUCAUCAGUGCCUUCCUAUUACUAUUGACGUAGGAACAAACAAUGAGAAAUUCCUUCACGAUCCUUUGUACAUUGGUCUGAGGCAGAAGAGGCUUUUUGGACCUGCAUAUGAUGAACUGAUUGAUGAGUUCAUGCAAGCAGCUGUUAAACGAUAUGGGUCAAAUGUCCUUAUUCAGUUUGAGGACUUUGGAAAUCACAACGCUUUCAGGUUCCUUGACAAGUACCGUGAUAAGUACUGCACUUUUAAUGAUGAUAUUCAAGGUACUGCGUCUGUUGCUGUAGCUGGUUUGUUAGCAGCUAGGAGAAUCACUAAGAAAAAAAUAUCUGAUAACAAGUUUGUGUUCCUUGGUGCAGGAGAGGCAGCCAUUGGAAUUGCAAACUUAUGUGUUAAAGCAAUGCAAUCGGAAGGCACUCCACUUCUUGAAGCGAGAAAUAAAAUUUGGAUGAUGGAUAUUGACGGUUUAUUGGUUAAAGGCCGACCCGAAGGAAGAUUAGAAGGCCAUAAAGCGCUUUAUGCUAAGGAGCACGAAGUAAUGAAGGAUCUUUAUGAGAUCGUCAAGGAGGUGAAGCCUUCGAUAUUGAUUGGUGCAUCUGCUGCAAGCAAAGCUUUCACUCCAGCGAUUUUACAAGAAAUGGCCAAAAUUAACGACAGGCCAGUAAUUUUUGCUCUAAGCAAUCCAACAUCGAAAGCUGAAUGCACAGCUGAAGAAGCAUACGUCAAUACAGAAGGAAGAGUUAUCUUUUCAUCAGGCUCCCCGUUCGGACCUGUAACUUUCAACGGUAAAACUUAUACUCCAGGACAAGGAAACAAUGCUUACAUUUUCCCUGGUGUUGCUCUUGGUGUCAUCGUCACAGGGAUCCAUCACAUCUCAGACGAAAUAUUUCUAAUUGCUGCUCAGCGUGUCGCUGAUCAUGUAACUGAUGCAGAUUUGGAGAGAGGUAGCUUGUACCCUCCAUUAAGUAAAAUCAAGGAAUGUUCUGUUGACAUCGCUGUCCAUGUCUCGCAGUAUGCUUAUAACAAAGGGAUUGCAUCGACUUACCCUGAACCUGUUGAUAAAAUGGCCUUCGUGAAAGCCCAGAUGUAUGAUUAUUAUUACGACACUCCUCUCCCAACAAUGUACAACUGGCCUCCUACAGAUGAAUCCUUUGAAUACACAUCAACUAUCGAGUCAGGAUUCGAAUUCAAGCCUUAAUUGUUAUCAAGACGUAUUCCUUCUUCACUGUGUCGUCUCUAGUCGCACUUUAAUUAUUUGAGAGUAUUAAACGUUACUGAUCUCCGACUCAUCAAGUAUACAAUAUUACGAAAUGAACAGUAUUAUGACGAGGGAUUAAGAACAAAAAGCAAUAAAUGUGUGGCUACUGUUUUAAUCGAAAAAGUUGCUUUUUCGACCCUGGAAUAAAGGUUUUAUUUAACUGCACUCAUAUUGACUUUUAUGAGGUUAUAGUUACUGUCUAGUUUAGAGUGAUAUAUUUUGUUUAUAUUUAUUAUAAUUGGUUAUAAAAUUCCCCGGAGAUAUUUUAAUAUGAUUUUAUGUUAUGUGACAUGGUCGUUGUUUGUUAAUUAUCGAUAAGAGAAUCCUGUUUAAAUUUUAAUUUAUUUAUUAAAUAAUGUUCUUAAAAAUUGAUAACUUUUCAUUUAGAACUAUGUAUUAUAUUGUAUAUUUUAUGUAACUAUUACCUUGAAGUACUUUUGAGAAAGAAGGUUUUUAUUAUGAUUAUUUAUUAAUUGUAUUAUUAUUUUGUUUUAUUUUGCCAUCCAUUAGGCUACAUUUAUAAGGCAGGAUAUUGUUAUUACAUUCAUUAUGAUGAAACUUUCUUAAAAUAACAAAUGCAUUUACGUAUUAGACAUAAUCUAAUUCAACAAGUUGAAUAAAAAUGUUUAUAAUUAUUAUUUAUUAAAAUUAAUUGUUAGA